CUCGCGCUCAGGGCCUGGUGGGAGAGGUCCCACGCGGGUACGACAUGAGGAUCGAGAAGUGUUACUUCUGCUCCGGGCCCAUCUACCCGGGUCACGGCAUGAUGUUCGUCCGUAACGACUGUAAGGUGUUCAGAUUCUGUAAGUCCAAAUGUCAUAAGAACUUUAAAAAGAAGCGUAAUCCCCGCAAGGUCAGGUGGACCAAAGCCUUCCGGAAGGCGGCUGGUAAAGAGCUCACAGUGGACAACUCAUUUGAAUUUGAAAAACGUCGAAAUGAACCUGUGAAAUACCAGCGAGAGCUUUGGAAUAAAACUAUUGACGCAAUGAAGAGAGUUGAAGAAAUCAAGCAGAAACGUCAAGCCAAAUUUAUAAUGAACAGACUGAAGAAGAAUAAGGAACUACAGAAAGUCCAGGACGUCCAGGAAGUCAAGCAGAACAUCCAUCUGAUCCGGGCCCCGCUUGCAGGCAAAGGAAAGCAGCUGGAAGAAAAAAUGGUCCAGCAGUUACAGCAGGAUGUGGACAUGGAGGAUGCGUCUUAAAGCUCACUGUAGCCAUUGUCUGCCUGUACAUUUGAAGCUCUCCUUUGGAGACGCAGACUCUAAGUUAUUGAUUACUGUGAGGUCCCUCAGGUGAAAGAUGACAUCCUACUCUCACCCUGCUCUCUCAGAACUUCAGACCACCCGGCUGUCAGCUGCACCUCUGCGCCCCCGUCUCGCCGAGAUCUGUGCUUAUGUGGAUCACGACGUCUGCGAGUGCAGACGUCAGUUGUCACAGAACAUGCUCAUGCCAUUGGGAGAGUGACCAGGUAGCAUUUAUGUAAUUACCGAUGACAAAACGUCAUGAUCUUUGCAGUCGAAUACUCCUUUAGUAGGUCACGGUGUGGGGAGGGGCCGUAGCAAGCCACAGUUGACCUGACAGCCUCACUGUCUUUUCUUUUGAUUGUAGUAUUUCCUGUUUCAUUCUCUUUGUUGGCUUCUUAGAGGAGCUGAAGUGUGUGGGCUGUUCUGAUGGGCAGUGUGGGUGUUGGAGGGGCGUGAGUGUGUGAGUGAUCGUUGUCAUUUCUGAGCCGCGGGCUCUGGCAGUGUGAGUGUCACUGCGGAGUCCCUGGCCUGCAGUGACGCAGAAGUGGGAGAAUGAGAACCUCAGGGCCUGUCACGUUCGCCCCGCGCUCGUCUCCCAGUUCUUUCUUUGAAAGCAGAAUUUAUGGAUGGAACGUUUGCCCAUUGUACCUAAAAUAAAACCAUUUCUCAAGUAA